AUGGGAGCGCUCCGCUUGGAUACGAGAUCCCGCUUAGGCCUUUGCCCCUCGAUCCAGGAGAUGAGGAUUAGAGAUGUCAUCUGGGCGGACACUGUGAAGGAGGCCGAGCACCUUCUGCAGUCCUUGCUGCAGGAGGGCAGGGGCCAUGUGUGA